AUCGCUCGGACACUGUUGAUCUCUCAGAUCAGUCUCUUCUUGUGGAUAUUUCUGAUGCUUUAAGUGAAAGAGACAAAGUGAAAUUCACCGUCCAUACUAAAACAACUCUUCCGUUAUUUGCAAAGCCUGAAUUCUCUGUUGUAAGACAGCAUGAAGAAUUCGUUUGGCUUCAUGAUUCAUUCGAAGAAAAUGAGAAAUAUGCUGGAUUUACAAUUCCUCCAGCUCCCCCUUGUCCAGAUUUUGAUGCUUCAAGAGAGAAGCUUCACAAACUUAGUGAGGGUGAAGGAAUGAUGACCAAAGAAGAGUUUGUAAAAAUGAAGCAAGAACUUGAAAUGGAAUAUUUGGCUACUUUUAAGAAAACUGUUGCUAUGCAUGAAGUUUUUUUACAGCGUUUAGCAGCACAUCCUAUGUUCAGAAGUGACAACAACUUAAAAAUAUUUUUGGAGUAUGAACAAGAUCUCAAUGUAAGAGGCAAGAACAAAAAGGAAAUAUUGGCUGAUUUAUUCAGUAACAUUGGCAAAACUGCAGAUGAUUUACUUCUGUCUAGUACUCAAAAGGAUGUGGAUGAAUUUUUUGAACAUGAAAGAACAUUUUUAAUUGAUUAUUACAAUCAUAUUAAGAAUGCUACAUACAGAUCAGACAAAAUGACGCAAAGUCAUAAAAGUGUUGCAGAUACCUAUAUUAAAAUUUCCUCAUCGCUUGUUCAGUUAGCUACUAUUGAUGGAUCAGAGUUAGAAAAGUUUUUCAGCAAAGUUUCUGAUACAUUUGAAAAGGCUAGGAAAGUAGAAGGUAGAGUUGCAACAGAUGAAGAUCUAAAACUAUCUGACACUUUACGGUACUAUAUGAGAGAUACCUCUGCUGCCAAAAAUCUUUUGUAUCGAAGGCUUAGAUGCUUAGCUAACUAUGAGGCUGCAAACAGAAAUUUAGAAAAAGCAAGAGCAAAGAAUAAAGAUGUCCAUUUGGCUGAAUCUGCUCAACAGGAAGCAUGUGAUAGAUUUGAAGCUAUAUCUAAACAAGCUAAACAAGAACUACAAGACUUCAAAGUAAGACGUGUUGCGGCCUUUAAAAAAAAUCUUGUUGAACUUGCAGAAUUAGAAGUCAAACAUGCAAAAGCUCAAGCUCAGCUUCUAAAGAACUGUUUGUCGUCAUUGAAAGAAGAAAAUAAUUUGUAAAAAAGGAACUGACAAAAAUUGACCACAUAAUCUGAUUCAAGUACUCAGAAGUUCUGAAUGCUCUUCAUUGCUAAUUACGCUCUUGGAUCUUUCCCCUGGCCAUCUGCCAUCCCAGGAAGUGAAAAUCUUUACUAAAGAGCGCAUUGACCAAGUACUUGAACAGCCAGUUGUGAUUGAUGAACUACUUUUCAGAAUAAAUUUUUAUAAGAAUUAUAUAUGAAUUAUUCUAUAUAUUUGUUAUUUAAUUUUAGUAAUGCAAAGCAUUUGUGCAGAUUUAUUGCAUGCUUGAGUAUGCAAGUUUAUACAUUAUCUCUCAACUAGUUUUGGUGUGUAAGACAUUCCAUAAUUUUUUAUAUGUUACCAUGCAAAUAAUUUAGCCUUUCUAAGCAGUUUUUCCCACUUACAAAAAAAAAAUCAAUUCUAAGUGUCAAAAAGUUAAAUAAGCUUGAUUUUUGAGUGUUAAUUAUUGUUAUAUUUAAUAAAUCUGUUCAAUUGUGCUUUUAAAUAUUAUUCUAAUUGUUCACGAAUGUUAAAUAUUGAAAAGUUUAUCUUUUUUUUUUAGAUUAGUUAUAUCUUUAUAUCUUCUUAUUUAUUCUUUAUUGCUUUAAGUUUUUAACUUGCUGAAAUUUUAAAUUUUUAACAAAUGAAUACACACUAACAUUUUAAGGAUUAAUACUGUCUUCAUUCACUUAUAAAUCAGCAUUAUUAUAAAUACAUUACUUGUUUAUAUUAAAGGGUGCUAUUACAAUAAUUAUUACAUUUUUUAUAAAUGAAAAAAAGUUUCCAAGUUAUUUC